GCUACAGUCGUUAGACUGUGUUUGUGUAUGGAUAGCUACACGUAGUUAGACUGUGUUUGUGGUUCCAUAGUAUAUCUUUGAAACAACAUUAAUUCAACAAUUAAUGCUUCCAACAUACAGAUUUUUUUCAGCACCAACGUGUUGAAUAUAUGACGAAGGUUUUUUUUUUGGGGGGGGGGAUUUCUUGCACGUCACUAUUGUAUGUUUAAACUAUCUGAAUUGUAUGUUGUGUGUUUUUUAAGACUUAUUACUUACUAUGCAUACGAAAUGUCACUCUGUGGUGCAGCGCUCCACCCUGUCAUUGGUCUGUCGUGUAUACUGUGUUGUUGGAUGGUCCAGUAUCUAAUUGAGGUCUCUGUAUACAGUAGCUGACCGCUUGGUAAUGGCAGUACCUGUUUGGGGAUCUCACUGUUCAGGAAUAAUAUUAUGGAAUAUUAAAAUGAAGGAGAAGAUACAGACUAUGACCUCAGUCCAGAUCAGAAGCGCUGGUUAGAGCGCUGGGCCUGUAACCGAAAGGUUGCUAGUUUGAAUCCCUGAGCCGACGAGGGAAGAAAAUGAAAUGACAACUUAUUUUAUCACUCCACAUGAAAGUGUUCCCCUUCAUUAUAUCAUAGAAGAGGUUGGGUUUGACUACAGGGCUGAAUUAAAUGCAACCCACGAAAUUCUGUAUUAUAUUUGUAUUUAUACAAAUAUAUAAAUUAUACAUAUAUUUCAUCUUCACUUUUUGUUUCAGUCUUUUUGUUUCAGUCUUUUUGUUUCAGUCUUUGCCCAAUCUUAUUGAAAGGGCUAGGAUUACCUUUACUGUCCACAUCACACAAUGUACUGUAGCAUAAUGCCAUCCAUUGUAGUGAGAGCUUUGGUGCUUCUACCCAAAUGCAUGCCAACAUACUAUAAUAAAAUACCAUUGAAUUGUCAUAGCAUAACAGAGCUUCUCACAAAACAAGAGCUCAUAAUGAUUAAAUCUAUUGUAUCCAGUUCAUUAUUUGAGUAAAUUACAGUUAACUUUCUGCAAUGUCUCCCGUCUCUGUCACAUUAUUUUUGGGUGCUUUGCUGUCGGGUAUUGUUGAAGCACUUGGUCACACGUUUUCAGGCCAUCUUAGGUAAUGGCCAUACUGUAUGAACAUCAAUUUAUGUUACACAAGAUAACCACCAGAGUGCGUCCUAUGCCAUUUCAUGAUACAAUAUGGACUCUGCAUAUUCACUGCCUCGGGUCAAAAAUAAAUGUCUCCAGCUGAAUAAUGCGUCGAGGCCUAGUAGGUGAAUGUAUUAUAAGAGUUGUAUAAAUCAGCUGCAAGCAAACUCGUUGAAUGUCUAUGGAGAAUUAGUUUAACAUGUGGAAUAGGGAUGUUAUUCAAUAAAUCAAGAAUGGUUCAGUUAUUGCCGGGUUAACAUUUUGGGAGGUCAUCUAGACUUGCUUUGCAGAACACAGAAGUGAAAAGGUUAUGAAAACAAACGGUUCUUUGGAAUACAAAAGUUUCCCAUUGCGGCAGCUGUCUGUGGAGGGGGGGCAGGACUGGCAGGACUGGGCACCGCUGUCAUUGGUCUCACUUUUUACCGAGUGACCGGUUGGUUGAAGGGCAGUGUGUCAUGUAAUUGCAGGGAGGCAACAGAUAAGGCAUACAUGUAAUCUGAUUUCAUCAACCUGCGUGGGUUCAGUUUCUGCACAACAACCGAGCCCGACGGUGACUGAUUGGGAUUGAGGCAUUGUUUACUCUGUUUGUGAGACACUCGCAUGAACGCGCUAAAGGUGUUGCGGAGCUGGCGCAACCUCUAUGGGGAAAUAUUUAUUUUCAUCUACGACGCAGCCAGGGAAGUUCAUUGAAGAAAACGCUCAACUAUACAACAGUUUGCCGCACUGCUGGACAAAGGCACUAACCUCUGCUGGUCUUGCUUGUGUUUACACACACUGUGGGACUGACUGUGCAACCCUCCUGUCCACCCAUCACAAGAUGCAUAUGAAUAGCUUACUGAAUCGAUGGAACGAGCUGCCUUGGAUGAGGUGUGAGGUGGAGGUGACCCCUGAACCCAGCAGCCCCACACUGCUCGGAGAGGCAGCAGACACCUACUGCCAGGUGGACCGAUGGCAAAAGCUACGCACCGCCGUCCGCAAGCUGGAAUUCUGGGAAGACUUCAGUGCCGAGCUGAUUGGGAGUGGCUUCUUCUCCAAGGUGUACAAGGUGUCACACUGUACCACAAGAAAAGUGAUGGUGGUCAAGAUCUAUAAGAACGACGUGGACCAGGACAUCAUCGUACGAGAGAUCAGUCUACUGCGGAAGCUCUCGCACCCCAACAUUGUCCGGUAUCUUGGGAUCUGCGUGCGGGAGGAUAAGCUGUAUCCAAUCUUGGAGUAUGUGAGUGGGGGCUGUCUGGAGGACCUCUUGGCCCAGGAGGACGUGUCUCUGUGUUGGAGGGAGAAGGUGGACCUGGCCUGUGACAUCAGCAGAGGCAUGACCUACCUGCACUACAAGAACAUCUACCACAGAGACCUCAACUCCAAGAACUGUCUGAUCCGGGAGACGUAUCGGGGCAGGGAGGCGGUGGUGACAGACUUUGGUCUGGCCAGAGAGGUGAUGGUGGAACUGCCAGUCACGGACCCCGAGAGGAAGAUGUCUCUGGUGGGCUCUGCCUUCUGGAUGGCCCCCGAGAUGCUCCGAGGGGACCCCUACGACCGCAAGGUGGACGUCUUCUCUUUUGGGAUCAUGCUGUGUGAGAUUCUGGGCCGGAUCCCAGCAGAUCCUGAGAUCCUUCCCAGAACACGGGACUAUGGUCUAGACAUGGAGGCCUUCAGUAAGAUGGUGCAGGGCUGUCCACGACACAUCCUGGAGCUGUCAGCCAACUGCUGUCUGAUGGAUGCGUUUCGGAGACCCUCCUUCUCAGAGCUGCUGGACGAGUUGGAGGACAUCGCCGAGAGCCUGGAACCCCCCGACUCAGACCUGACCACGGGGUGAGGGUGUGGGGUCACCGUGUACCCCCAAACCCCUCCAGGAUCAUGUGGACUGCAGCAGGCAGCCACUCCAAAGUCUUAUACACCAGAGGCACUUUAUACUUCAGGACCGCUUCAGGACCGCUUCAGGACCGCUUCAGGACCGCUUCAGGACCGCUUCAGGACCGCUUUACAGUAACACAUGCAGGGCUUCCAUUGCAGCUCUCCCUGCUGACUCUGUGUGACUCUCUGAAACAGAACCCCCCCAAUAAUGAUAUUAUUGUAUUUUCCACUUGAAGUUAAGGAUGUAGAAGCCUUUGAUUGUAAAUAGUGCAUAAGGAUUUGUCCACUCUCUCUCUCUUCUCUUUCAAAGCUGCCUCCUAUCAUCAUUGAACAGGGACUGCUCCUCCUUUCGUUCAUCAGCCACGUGGCGACGCACGCAACAUGAAAUUCCCCUCUCUGUCCAACAUCUGAAUGAUGUCAUUUGGCAGUGAGGUAAUGGCCGCUGGUGGACUGCAGCAGGGGAGCUGAUGGGACAGGAGACGAGUCACGAUUCCAGUCAGGAUUACAGGAGUCCGGAUGACUUUGCACUAGAACUGACUGUUACAGUAUGUGGCUGAAGUGAAUAGGAUGGCUUUGUGAAUUGUGCCAUUGUGUGGGUGAGGACCAAACUACACUCUUUCUUUCGCUCAUCCUUUCUCGUUUAUAAUGUCACAUAUUUUCUGUUGUUGAUGAACAGAGUUGACAGGCGUUAGGUAAGGGUGUACAGUGGUGUUCAGUACUGGGGUUAAGUAGGCAGAGGAAAGAGCACUAUCCCUCCCUCUCAGGAUGUGAAUGAAAUAAUUACUAAACUCAAUGAAACACUAACCUCAGCAAGACUUUAACUGCAGUUGUGUAUCAGUUUAUAUGAAAUGCCUUUAUGUCUUGUCAUGCUUUUGUACAAUAACGAUUUUGCUUCACCCUUUUUGUGGGGAUACAUUUUGUUUUCCACAUCAAAUCCAUACAAUACUCUGUUUAUAUUUUGUGAUUUUAGUUGCUAUGGGAAACUAGGAUCUUGCUUACUUGUCACAAAUUUGAAGCAUUGUAAUAAAAUGCAUGAAUUGA